GAGUUAUUUGUUUGUUUUUGUUUAUUUAACCAAUUAAACCCCAACAACAAACCAAAAGUGAAUAAUUUAAGCCAAAUUACAUAUGUAUAUGUAUAUUCCACACCCUAACGCAGUAUAACACGUAGCUAGUAUUCUACACGGACCAAUACAAGAUAAUCCAGACAAUCUUGCGAACACCUGCGACAGAUGUUACAUCUGUUGUCAAACAGUGUAUCUAUUUUUUUUUAUCCAUGUGUGAAUUAAUCACAUAUAGCAUCUGUACGACGAACAGGUGCCGGCCGGACUUAAAUACUGCACCUGUAUAGCCUAACAGAGGGGUAAGGUUAGCCAGCCUAGGCUAAAGGAGGAUAGUAGGCUAUUCGAACUGUUUGGCUGUUAGUGAGAGCACAGACUUCAAAUACCCAAUAGCAGUAGUAUAAGCAAAUAGCUAAGGAAUAAUGUCGCCAAAAGUUUUAGUUACUGGUGCCUCGGGCCUUCUUGGUCGGGCGAUUAUGAGGAUAUUCAAAGAAGCUGGCUGGGAAACUGUGGGACUUGCAUAUUCCAGGGUAGGACCAGGACUUGUGAAGUGUGACCUUACUAAACCAGAAGAAGUAAAAUCAUUAGUUGAGAAGGAAAAACCUGAAUUUAUUGUUCAUGCAGCUGCAGAGCGUGCUCCAGAUGCUGUUGAGAAUAGAUACGAUGAAGUGUGCAAACUGAAUGUAAAUGCCUCAGGUCAGCUGGCAGCCUUAGCAAAAAGUGUUGGUGCCAGAAUAAUUUACGUCAGCACUGACUAUGUUUUUGAUGGAACAUCUCCACCUUAUAAGGCAACGGAUCCUACGAAUCCUUUAAACAAGUACGGGAUAACGAAACUGGAGGGCGAAAAGGCAGUUGUUGCUGCAAAUCCAAGGGCAUGCAUUCUCAGAAUACCACUUCUUUAUGGUAAAGUCGAGACGAUUGACGAAAGUGCUGUGACAUGUUUAUUGAAACUUGUUAAAAGUUCUGAAGAGAAGUAUGUCUCUCAUUACGAGAGACGAUAUCCGUGUUUGGUUGAUGACAUUGCUCGCAUACUGAGAGACCUAGUGCUGCAAUUAAUAAAGGAUGACUCCAUCACUGGAAUAUUCCAGUGGAGUGGCAAACAGCGGCUCACAAAAUAUGACAUGGCUAUGGCAAUGGCUCACGCCUUCUCUCUGAAACACAACAUCAAACCAGACCCCAAUUCAGUGCCAGGUGCUCAGAGGCCUUUUGAUGCUGAGCUAGACAGAUCGCGCCUUGAAAAUUUGGGAAUUUCUCAUCACAUGGACUUUGAAACUGCUAUAAAGGAGUGUUUGUCUGAGUGGGUAUGAUUGCAAAGCAGUCCUGAGAUUGUUAUUGGUGUGUCUGUAUAUGGAUGGAAUUCCUAGGCUUGGUUAAGGAGUCUCCGUAGAGGGGUAGUGCCAUCAGUGCACUUCACGCGGUGCACUGUAGGUAUUACUAAAGGUUCUUUACAGUGUCCCUUCGGCCCCUAGCUGCAACCCCCCUUCAUUCUUCUAUCUUACUUUCUACCUUCUAAUAAUUGUUUCUUAGUGCAACUGUGAGGCUUUUCUCCUGUCACACCUUGAAAUAAACCUUUUUGCUCUCAAUUUCCCUUUCAGCGCUGAAUGGCCCCAAAGGUCCCAGCGCUUGGAGUUUGUCGUAAAUGCUGCAUUCUAUUGGUUGAAGGACGUAUGAAUUGCUGAAAGUAACGCUUCUACUUAAUUACUCUGCACUUAUCAGCUACAUUAUUAUUAUUAUUAUUCUUUGCUAAGCUACCAAUUUAGACAUAAGUUUUUGAAUAAAUCAGUUAAACUAAAUAUUACUUGUAAAGUACUGGUUAGUUUAGGUUAGUGACUUUAUGGAAUAGUUGUUGGCUGUGAGAUAUCCAUAAAAACUUCAAGAGCAGGCUACAGUUUAAGGUGUUUGUUUCCUAACAGGCUUUUCUACUUAUCAAAAGCAUCUGGUGAGUUGAGAUGCUGCAUUAUAAAUGAACUUGUGAUUGAUAUUAGUUAAAGUAUAAUAUAUUUUUGGUGUUGAUUCAAUCAUAGUCUUCCACUAUAUUGCUACGCAUGUUUGUUUGUGUAAGUUCAGCUCUCUGUCAUGAAUAACUGAGUAAGGCAAAGUGAAUAUUAUUCUUUUUUCUUUGUUUGCCGUUGACAACACAGAUGUCUACACUGAUUAAACUGUUAUGAUUUCUGUGGGUUUAAUUAUAGUUUUAGUUUUAAUCUGAUGAUGUUUUAUUGUUGUUUUUUGGUAAAUUUUAUGUUGUUGGGAUACUAAUAAAUAAAAAGAAUAAUAC